AUGGAUUCACUGCUCGAUCAAGUUAACACUUUUGUUAAUCGAAAGGUUCUACCACGUGUAGAAUAUUUUGAUAAGAACAAUAUCUAUCCAACGGAAUUAAUUAAUAUAAUGAAAUCAAUUGGCUUAUUUGGUUUGACUAUACCGAAGAGGUAUUCUGGUUUAGAAGCUGAUAUGAUAACACGUGUUAAAGUGAUAGAAGAAUUAUCUAGUGGAUGGCUUAGUUUGUGUUCACUUCUGGAUAGUCAUUUGCGUGUUUGUGAUUAUAUAGUUCAUUUCGGAACUGAUGAACAGAAAGAUAACUUCCUACCAUUAUUAGCUAAAGGAAAACUAGUUGCUGCACACGCAAAUAAUGAGAAGAAUAUGAAAAAUCUAGAACAUUUAGAAACAUGCUUGGUAAUGGUCGAUGGUUCGUUAGAAAAAUGGUCAUUAUCAGGUAGAAAAGAGUGGAUUAGUAAUGCCGUACAUGCCGAUAUAUUUGCUGUAUCAGCUCGCAUCGUAAAACAAGACGAUAUCUUGAAAUCUAUAAGCUCAUGUGUUGUACUCGUUCAAAAGGACCAAAACGGAUUGAAAAUUGAGAAGGACUGGCAUCGUAUGGGUGUGAAGGGUGUCAGUUUAGCAGCCGUUACAUUUAACAAGUGUUUGAUUGAAUCAAAAGAUAUUGUUGGCCAUUUUCAUUAUGAUGGAAAAACGAUUGUUGACUCAUCUCAACAAAAGCUGGCAUUGGUAUCGUCAGCACGUUCUAUUGGAAUUUGCAAACGAUUGAUACAGACAUGUGCAUCAUAUUUGUGGCAAAGAACUCGAAAUGGUAUUAUUGGAAGUUUAACACAGGAACCUGUCGUUUGCAUGAGAUUUGGAGAACUAAUCACGAAGUUCCAAGCCGCUUUAGCUUUAUUUAAUGAUUGUUGUGCGAAUAUUGAUUCGACCGAUAGAACAAAAUUUAUUUCGUGCAAAUCUUUUGUCACAGGAAUUAGUAAAGACAUUGCUGUAUCAUGUGUUCAACUAUUUGGUGCUGCUGGCUACACAUCGGAGUACGGAAUUGAAAGAUUGACACGUGACGCUCUAUCAUUAACAAUAAUUCAUUCUCCGGCAGAUAUUUCACUUACUCAGCUUGGACAAAUGUCGUUAGAGAAUUAUAAACUAAAAGAGCAAAAUCCGUCAAGUAUCCUUUUACAUUAUGCUCCACAAGUUCUGGCUAAUAUGAAACGAGAGUUUCUACUCAGAGCAACAUUAGAAGAGCAGGAAAGAAUAGUCAAUAUCGGCAGUUAUCGUGAUAGUAAUAUCAAACUAUAUCUUUAUGAUAUGACUACAAUGAAUCCAAGUGCAUCAUUCAAAGACUUUCUUGGUUGCUUAACAUUUGCUCACUGUUUACAAAAUGAUAUAAAAUGUAUAUGCGCGCAGUCAUCUGGAAAUACUGCAAUGUCUUUCAUUCAUUAUGCGAGAAAAGUUUCCUCCAUUAAGCUUAUACAAUUUUAUCUGACUCGAAAUUCAUAUAAAAUAAAUUCGACAGUUGUACCAGACAACGUUAUAUUAGUAGAAGUUAACUCCACCGAAGCCGACAUGAAACUUAUAUUGGCACGUUUUUCAAAACUAACUGGUAUACCCUGUAUGCCGAAUUUCAAUAUACAGUGUGAUGCCAAUAAAACAAGAGCCUAUUUUAUUAAAGACUAUUGUGUUGAGAAUAAUAUUAAUUUUAACUGGUACGUACAAUCAUUAUCGAGCGCUUAUGGUCCAAUUGGUUUAUACCAAGGUUUCUCAGACAUUGGACAGCAGGUAAAACCACCCAAGCUUCUUGGUAUACAACAAGAAGCUGUCUGUCCAUUUGCACGUGCACUUGGCUAUUGGAAUGAUGCUACCGAUGAUAAACACGAUAAUGUUGCAGUAGUUGAACCAACACUAUUUCGUAGCGAUCCUGGUGAGCUGAUUAACAAAGUCAAAAACAUAUUAGAUACACAUGGUGGAAAAAUUAAAGUUCUGACGAACAACAAAUUUCAACAGUAUAUAGAUGAGGCUAUCCAUCUUUUAGAACUGCACAAGAUUCAUAUCACAAGACUCGCAGAUGGAGGUAUACUCGAAAAAGCAGGACUUUUAUCGCUGGCGGCAACAAUGCAUGAAAUUGAUGAACACAAUUCUGGAGCUUUUUCAGCGAAUGAAGCUAUUCUUAUCGGUAUUACCGGCGGAACAGGGUGUCCAGCAACACAGAAGCCAAAACCAAAAAUGGUAUUAAAUGGAAACCCGACUGACGAACAACUAAUGCUUAUAUUAGAAUAA